AAGCCCCGCCCAUAAGAGAGGCGUUUCGCUCCCUGCUUCUACUUUACGGGCGUACUUGCAACCUUUGACCGCUCGCACCGGAAAUACUACGCGUGUGCCAGCCCUUUGCAUGGUGAGCAUUCUGAUUUUGACUGCCGCAGUGGGAGCGGUGACGAUCUUGCUGGUCCAGAGACUAUGGGCUGUGUUUCGGCCCCAUCACGUCACUCCCCGAAAGUCGCUCGGACUCUUGAUAGUAGCCGGAUCUGGUGGUCACACCACGGAGAUCUUGAGGCUGGUUGGAAGCUUGUCCCAUGCUUACUCACCUAGGCAUUAUGUCAUUGCUGAGUCUGACGAGAUGAGUGCCAGCAAAAUCCAUGCUUUGGAACGUUCUCGAGCCGAGAGAGACUCUCCUACCAAGUGUCCCCAAUACCACCUUCACCGAAUUCCGAGAAGCCGGGAGGUUCGGCAGUCCUGGCUCUCCUCCGUGUUCACCACCUUGAACUCCAUGUGGUUUUCCUUUCCGCUGGUUCACCGAAUAAAGCCAGAUUUGUUGCUACUAUGUCAAAGCAAAAAGACCUCACUCACCCCACCUCAACGCCAUGCUGAAGACCCUUCCCAGAGGUCAGUGCCUCACUCAGGACCUCCAAGUCUCCAGAACUGUCUGCAAGCAUUUGUCUACUCUGGAGAGAACUGAGCCCUCCAGCCCUCCGUAGCCCGCCUGGUUCUCAUAACAGUGUGGUUUGCAUUACUGCUGCUGCUGAUGGCCCCUUCUCUUUGAGUGCUGACAGGUUUCAAGGGAGGGUUGGGCCAAAACUGUUACUAUUUUCUUCUUCAAGUUCUGAACUGAGGCAAUCCCUGACGUCCCUGUGACUGUUUCUGAGGCGAUUUGAAGGCUCCCUUCUACAACUGGCAGAAACGACGGAGGCAGAUAAUAAGUGCAUCCAGCUGCAACAGGAAGCAACACACUUAAGUCAAACCAGUAUUUACCUAAGAGCAUGGGUGCCGAUGCCUAGCCUACACCCGGUGUCAGGAACAGAAGGCCGCUGGGUUGGCUUCCCUGGGGUGACGGUAAACUAGGGAGGAAAGCUGCUCGGCCUCCAUGAUGACCUCAACCCAAGAGCCUGGUGCCCGCAGGAGGCUGGAGGAGUCGGGAGGUCCCGUUCCUGCUACUGCUUUUUCUUGGAGUCUACUUGAUGCUCACUCCCUGCUGACACAGUGUCUCUGCUUGUUGUGGCUGUGACAUCACUUCCCCCUUCUGAAAGAAGAGAGUUUUUGCUGGACAGAUAACCAACCACACAGCAAGUGGACACACUGCUGACGAGGUUCUGACCAGUGUGGUAUGGGCAGACAUGGUAUGUACAAUGUCUGGGUCAUGCUCUUGACGCUUUCUUUCUGAUUGUUGUAAAGACGAAUUCAACGUGAAGUAGGCUGGCCUCAGACUUGGGAUGUUCUCACCACCACCUUUUGAGUGCUUGAAUUACAGCCUGCUCAUAUUAAUCUUUUAAAUAGACAAAGGUGAACUCUUUUUGCUUGUUCACUCCUUGGUCUUGGUGUGCCUGAGAUGCAGGAGUUGAAAUCACUGUCUUUGACCUAGAGAGAUGGGAACUGAAGGUGGACUAUGGCAACAAUAGCACACAAGUCUGGUGUUAAGUGGACUUUUCUGUCCUGCCAGUCAUUCCCCCAAAUAACCACACAGAGACUUAAUAUUAAUUAUAAAUGCUCAGCCGAUAGCUUAGGCUUGUUUUUACCUGGCUCUUAUAACUUAAAUUAACCCAUUUCUAUGAAUCUAUGUGCUGCCCCAAGGCUUGUUUACCUCAUGUAUGUACUUCCCGUCCUGCUCACUCUUCAUCUCAUGGCAGCUCCUCUGACUCUGUCCUUCUUCCCAGCAUCCUCUCUGCCCCAAAAGUCCAGCCUAGCCAUUGUCCAAUCAGCUUUUUAUUAACCAGUGAGAGUAAUACAUAUUUACAGUGAACAAAAGGAUUAUUCCACAGCAGUCUGGGCCAUGACUGCACAUAGCCAAGAUGAUUAUUAACUCUGCUUAGACGGCUAAACUUCAUUCACACUCUCCUAUAAAAGGACAUUUUCUAUCUUAUUUGAGCUAUUGUUAUACUGGGCCUUUAAUGAGACAGUCUAGAACCUGGUGUGAUGGCUCAGUGGGUAAAGCACUCACUCCUCAAACCCAAGGACCUGAGUUCAAUCCCUGUUUCCCAUGUAAAGGUGGAAGGAGGGAACCUGACCUCCACAUAAGUGUGGAGGCAUGCCCCUUCCCCACACAUCAUACCCAAAAUAAUAAUAAAAAAAUAAACAUUUAAAAAAUUAUAGGACCAAACUGAUAAAUCUAUUUUUUUUCUGUUUUCUACAUCUAAUAUGGAAAAAUGAUCACCUUGUCACUGCUAAAUUUACCAGACCUCAGUUGAAGUGGCCAUAUGAGAAUUUUCAGUUCUUCCACCCAGGAAAUUGAUUUUGUUACUGGGUACCACUGGGGAAGGACAUUCCCAGAGGAAGGUCAUCUACUUUACUGACCCAACCAGUCCUAGAGGCAUGUACGUGUUACCUUAGGAAGAAAUAAUUCAUAGCAUGUAUACAGACUAGCAAGAGAUAUAUGCCCUACCAGCUGCCAAAUCCUCAACUCAUUCCAGUGGCAAUCUUUAAGUCCCAUUUAAACACCAUGUAAAUCAAUUAUAGGUGAGAAUCUAGGCACGUCCUGAGGUGCAAUCCCUCUCCAUCAUCAGUGAAUCCGUAAAACCCAGUCACCUACAUGCUUUCAGAACAAUAGCUAGAUACUCCCGUUCUGAAAGGGAGGAGAUAAAAGGGGAAAGGAAGAGAUGACAGGUCCCAAGCAAGUCCCAACCCUACCAGAAUAAACACCCCACAUUCUCAGAGCUGAAGAAUGAUCUCUUCAGAUGCCAUUCUCUGCCGCUUCUUCUCUACUGGGACAGUGGCCCUGCCUCUGUGACCCACUGGGGUACUAUUCCACUCUUCUAGAUGGACUGGAACUGCAGUCUCUCUCAAUUGCAGCCUUCAAAGCUGUUCACUUGGAGUUUUAAUAAGCAGGUCUUGAGGACUCCCAUGACUCUGAGAAUAGUGCAUUUUUUGCCUUCCAAUAGACUUAUGAUCUCAUCAAUAAUAAUAAUAUUUUUUAAAGGCCACAAAAUUGACCUCUCCUCCUCCUCUUCCUCCCCCUCCCCCUCCCCCCUCCAUUUUCCUCUUCUUCCUCCCCAACUUUCCUUCUCCUCUGAUUCGGUUUUUGAGACUGGGUCUUUCUAUGUAGUCCUUGUUGGCUUAGAACUCACUAGGUAGACCAGGCCCGCCGCAAAUGUGCAACAAUAUUCUUGCCUCUGCCUCACAAGUUCUGGCAUCAGAAAUGUGCACCACCAUACCUGUUUUGAGACAGGGCUUACUAUGUAACCCAGGAUGACCCUGACUAACUCUCUUCUUACCUUCCAGGAGCUAGGCUUGCAGGAAUUAACUACCAUGCCCAGAAUGGCAACCAUUGCUUAUCCUGCCCCUCUCCUUCCCUUCCCUUCACACUGGUGACAUUCUGUUCAGCGUGCACAGUUGACCCUUGCAACACAAAUAUCCUUAUGGAACGUGGGCUGUGUCAGUCGGCCACACACUGAGAGACUGACCUCUUCUGAGCUUGCUUUCGCAGUUUUCACAGGGUGGGUAGGGUGAGCAAUGUCUAAAUCUUUUACAUUCUAGUUCCCUUUGCUUAUUCUGACUUCAAAGAAUUUCUUCCUUCUCACAUCUUACUAUUAGAACCCAAGCUCCUUUUCAACACUUUGCUUAGAAAUCUAUUCAGGUAAAUGGCCCGUUUCCCCUCUUCCACGCUCUUUGCUUGGCAAGAACUGUCUUUUCCUUACUGUCCAA